AUGGUACGGUUGGCGGCCGUUCUGUGCAAACCACGGGAAACUCAAGUUUGCGUACCAGUGAAGCAGGCCCCCAAGAACGAAGGUGAGGUAGAUCGCGGCGAUUUUCCCAAAAGAGCUGUUGCCAAACAGUUUAUCAGUGAGUCCUCUGCACAGACUAUAGUUUCUGAACAGCCAUUGGUGCCAGACGUCUCCCCAAAACACUUUCAAUGGAGGACUUUCUCCGAAUCUGCUGAAAUUGAAGAAAGGAGGACACUCUUCGGGUGUAGAGAGACCGGUGGCCACAGCAAACAGAACGGCCACCCUGUAGGUGGAGUCCAGGCCAAAGAAAAUGUUGUAACUCAAAGCAACAUAGUUUCCAACAAAAUCAACCAGACUGGGAGACUCGCUAAGAAUGUUGGGAUAAUCCAAGUCGCGUCCUUCAAAUUUGUAGUACUUGAACUGCCGCAGGUAGAUCUUGCCCACAACAACGGCUGCGAAUUGCCAAACAAACAGUUUCAGCUGCCUCAGAAUAAAGCUUGUGCGGCUGACCGGCGGAGCAGGCUGGUUCCGUUUGGUUCUGGAAGAUGUGACCCAGCCGACGCCGCGAAUGACAUAGAAGCUUCUGCGGAGAGCCCAAUUGAGUUUUUUCAGCGAGAAGCUGCGUGCUGA